AUGGAUGCUUCUUUGUUGUUGUUGUUUUGGACUCUCACCCCCCUUUGCUUCCUUUCUUCUCUUGGUAGGCGCGGUUGCCUACGCGAAGUAUUCAAGAGGGAGGGGGCGGUAGUAAACAACACAAAAGAAGUGGAAAGGAAUAGAGGAGGGCGAGGUGUGGUCAUGUUGAAGUUGUGUUUCAUCAUACGAGCCGCAGCCGCUUCUUCUUCGUCGCGGGCUGCUGUAGGAUGUAGUGGUGGGUACGAGAGGCGUCACGAGACUUUUAUGCGAUUUCUGACUGCGAACAAGGCUAAAUUCGAUGGGGUGGACGUGCGGCCGAGUGCUGAGCAAAGCCGGGGGCUUAUUGCCACACGGAAGUUUCGUGAGGGCACGACGGUGCUAUCCGUUCCGAUGCACAUAUUUGCCAUAAGCGCAGAACGACUACUUGAAGGUGAGCAUCUUCGUUCUCUUCAUCCCCCCACAUUGGACGAGGUCCAAAGUUUCUUGACCGCGUGUAGCAUCAAGGACCCUGUCCUGUGCGAGCAGGUUUUUCUUGCGCUCCUCGUUGCGGGGGAACGACUUGACCCAAAGUCUUUUUUUACGCCCUACUUUGACUCCCUGCCGUACCCCGCUGUAAACGAUGAGGCGGUGAUGAGCCUGCAUAAGGACGUCCUGGACCCGAUGCAGCUUGUGGAGUGGGAUGACCACCAGAGAGAGUGGGUUACCGUUUUCCGCACACUGGCACGCCGCUGGGGAGACAAGGCUCCACCCGUUGAGUUGUGUUACUGGGCAUGGAGAACUGUGUUGAGCCGCAUGCAUUUGCUUCCAGACCGUGGCUUAGCUCCCGCAGAACUAGGCUCCACACUGAACUACUUUGCCCUUUCCACCUUUGAACGGGCGGAGCGGCAGACACGGUUAGUAAAACGAAUUCGGGCCAUGGUGGGUGCCGUGUUUGGCAAUGGCAACGCUGCGGAUGAAUACCGCCUUGUCCCAACUCUUGUGCCGCUGCUGGACAUGACUAAUCAUUUACCCUCCGGAAACGUGAGUGUAGAGGUGCAGCCCCGCCCUGAGGUUGGAAGCUGCGCGGAGUUGCAAGCUGUGCGAGAAAUCCAGGCCGGGGAGGAGAUUGGCUUAUGCUUCAACCGAUCGCAUAGGCCAGCCUUCACACUCUAUCGAUUUGGAUUUCUUCCUAUAUGA